CAUAUCUCAGCAGGCAGUUUUCAGCCUCAUUUCGGAAUUAACUGAACUACAAACUAUUAUUCUCCAACAAUCGACAAAUAUAUUUUGGGUGGCAAGAUGAGCGCGGAGGAGCGUGCUCGGGAGUAUGUGUGCAAUGUGCAACUGCAUGUGGAGCCCAGCGAACGACCCAAGUUGCCACCAGGGUGUCCCCCUCCUCUGGAUUCCCGGAGUACUGAAUCGGAGCCGCAGCACUCGGAAGAAUGCUGCGUUGAGCUGGAAAAUGUGACGGUGAAGUUCCGGCUAUCGGAUUCCGAAAUCCUGGCCCAAGUUUAUCCCAACUGUAUGCUUUUGGGCGAGAUAAAACAGGAUCUUGCUCGCAAGUUUGAAGUGGCACCGGAAUGGCUCGUCCUCCGACAGGAUAAUCGCAUUCUGUGCAACUCCGUGCCUUUGAACUCCACUGCCCUAGAUGAGUUCGGCAUUCAUGAGUUCCAACUGGAGAUGAAUAAGGAGGGUAGAGAGGAUCAGACCUCCAAGCUAGAUCUGGAUGUGUACUAUGACAAACACCGUCUGGCCGACUUUAUCACUGUCCACAUCUCUGGUGAUGACACCCAGGAUGGCCAGUCCAAAACCGUGGUCGUAGAGAUCGAGAAUGCAGCGAUAGUCAAGCCAUUCCUCUGCGGCUAUAGGGAUCAAAAAACGGGCAAAGAGUACUUGGACGCAUUUACCCAAACUGGACCGUACUUUGACAAGAUGAAGUACAGGAAGUACAAGACCAGGGAUACCCAGACAUGGGAGCAAAAGGAAAAGACUCUGAACACAGCCCAUGAGCAAUCGGUGCAAUGCCAUCUGGAUGGUAUUAAUAUACUAUAUGUUUCCGCCGCCAAUGACUUUACCAUAGUUCCUGGCAAGUACCAGACUUUUGCCCAGAAGGAGCGAGCAGAGCGGAAGCUCGAAAAGAUUUUGCUCAUCCAGCGAAACUGGAGGCGCUGGAUUUUGUGGAAAUAUAUUCACCUGCGGGCGCAAGAGUAUCGUCGCCUGGUGCAGAAUCGCGAGCACGAGGAUGAGCGGUAUGAGAAGUGCGUGGAACAGCGCAUGGAGCGACACCGGGUGAUCAAGCAAUUCCCACGCAACAAGGAUGACUUCGAUCUGCUAUAUGCUGAGGUGGCUCGUUGGAAAAAGGCGGAGCUAAAGCGUAUUACCGCCAACUAUGAGGGGCCUGCUCGCAUUGCCGAGGUGAACAUCCUGCUGGACAAGGAGAUUCAGCUGCUUAAUGGCGUGGAGCGGCAGCGUAAUCUCGUCUACAAGGCCAUGGAGGAUUUUCGCAAAGAUCAGCUGCUAAAGGAGAUGGGCAAACCGAUCGAGUGGGUUGGCUACAAGGACUCCAAAAUCCACAUGGAUCUGUUGAGCACACAGCGAGUUCGCUUCCUCACCGAGAUCUACAAAGAUCUGCGAAAGCCGCGCAGCAAGGAGGACCGCUUAGACUUCAUCCGACAAGUCAUGGCAGUGCUCACCGAGGAGACUUGCUUCCCACAUUUUCCCGAACUCUUUGAUCUCUUUGAUCGCGAAAAGAAUCUUUUGCUCUAUGCCAAGUCCUUUGACGUGGAAAUCUUGCGCAAACGCCAGACAAUGCUCUUUUUCGAUCUCAUAAAGUUCCAAAAGGGCGAGCCCAAACAAAGGAUUCCAUCGCGCAUGUGCAUUGUAUGCAAAAAGGUCAAGACCUAUGCCGAGUUUGCCAUUCGGACACGUCAGAGCCAUGUGGACACCUGCAAGCACUGUUACUAUCUAAAGCUAACUGCUACUGAGAACACCGUGUACCAGUCCAUUCUACGGUGCAUCCAUCGAGAUGAGCGGAAACGCAAGUGCACCACAUCCUUUGCAUUUGUAAUGCAGCCAGAUGAUGUUCGCCACAUCAUAGACAAAAUAUGGCAUGGACAUUCGGCUCUAAGCAAGACAGAGAAUCUCAGUGAACUAAGAUUACCGCGUUGGAACAAGAGCGAUGACUGGGCACCGUGGAACUGUAUUUGCCUGACGGAACGGGAGACGCGAGAUCACUACAAGAUCGAUGACAUUGAGAAGGUGUAUGAUCCCAAGUUCGUUCUGCACAUCGGUAAUCUUCACAUGCUGGCUCGCAGCCUAUUCCACACCUUAGCUGCUGUGGCCACCGAGUUCCAGGAAACGGGCCAAUGGUGGAAAGUGGGCAUGAACAAGCAACGUUCCAGUAAACUGGAUGCCGUCUAAACUAUGUGGUUAAAAUGACUCCCAGUAACUCACCUUUCGAAAUUUGGGUUUAGCUUGUAAUUCAGCGCCUAAUUUAACAUUUACAAAAUUUUAACAAUUCAAAUAUUGAUCAAUCAUUAC